ACUUUAACGUUUGAUUUGCCACGAGACCCGCCCACGUCCCCGCAGGGAGGAAGUGUCGUCAGUGCGCAUGCUCGGCGCGGAAGGGCCAGACGUCGUCGCGCGAGUCAACAUUUUGCUCGGCUGAAGGAAGUUGACAGAAAAAGUGGCGGCCUAUUCAAGAUAUUAAACACAUUCGCUUUAUUUCAUCUCGUAUCUUUGCUUCACAGCUUUUUUUUUUUAACUUUUGGGAGGAACUCUACACUAAUUUACACGUCCAAUAUUCGACUGUCAAGAUGGGAACUUUCUUGUGAUCAAGUUCUUGUUGAAUUUGGCAGGUGAUGGCUUUAUAGCCCCUCUGGUUUUGUUAAGUCUUUAGAAACCACAUAGGAAAUACAGUUCAUCAUGGGCCCACUCACAACUCCCAAAAAGGCGGGACAAGCACGGUCGGUUGACCCAUGGACGCCAACUUCCAACCUCAAAAUGCUCAUCAGUGCUGCGAGUCCAGAGAUUCGUAACCGGGAGAAGGAGCUGUGUCCGCACUCUGAAUUACUUGAAGUUCUUGAUUCUACACAGGAUAUUGAACAUGGAGAUGAGUCUGAGAAAAUGAUCAGCAGAAAAGAAAAGAGUCUGGGUUUGCUCUGCCAUAAAUUCCUCGCCCGCUGCCCCGAUUGGCCAGACCCAGCUGCCAACAAUGAAAUUUGCCUUGAUGAUGUGGCCACUGAACUCAACGUGGAACGUCGCCGCAUUUAUGACAUCAUGAACGUGCUGGAAAGCCUGCACAUGGUGAGCCGUUCUGCAAAGAACCGCUACAUGUGGCACGGUCGGACCAAUCUGGCCCAGACUCUGGCCAUUCUCAAGCAGGUGGGCGGGGAGCAACAAUACGGUCAGCAGAUGCAACAGAUCAGACAGAGCUUGCUUGAUAAAGAAUUUGGCUCUAGUGGUGAGGAGAAGGAGAACCACGAAUUGAUGGAAAGCAGCGAACACAGACAAAAAGAGCUCUUUUUUGUGGAGCUUCCUGGAGUUGAGUUCAAAGCAGCUUCUGUCAAUAGUCGGAAGGACAAAUCCCUGAGAGUGAUGAGCCAAAAGUUUGUCAUGCUCUUCCUGGUUUCAAAUCCACCCGUGGUCAGUCUGGAUGUCGCUGCAAAAAUUCUGAUUGGAGAGGACCAAGAUCAGGAUAAGAGCAAAUUCAAGACUAAAGUACGACGGCUUUAUGACAUAGCUAAUGUGCUGCGAAGCCUGAAACUCAUUGAAAAGGUCCAUGUAACGGAAGAGAGAGGAAAGAAACCAGCAUUUGAAUGGGUUGGCCCCACUGAACCGCCUCAAGUCAAAGAUGUGCCAAGUUGCAACUCCCCGUGUCCACCCAACAAGACAAAGGUGCUGGAGUCCCGCCCCUUUGUAGAAAACUGUGCCAAAAACCUUUUUUCAUCACCACCCGGCACUAAGCGAAGCUUUACACGGCACCGCUCCCUCAUGAAACUAGCAAAGAGCAUUCAGGAUGACCGGCGCAAGAUCAGCUCGGCCCCAAAUAGUCCUGCCAAGAGUGCCCUUGCUGUGAGUGACUUCCCCAGCAAGAUGGCCCAACUUGCUGCUAUCUGUAAGAUUCAACUUGACCAGGAGUCAGCGUAUUGCUGUUCCAAAGAUCCAAAGCCAAUUCCCGCUGCGGUAAACACAACGGCUGCAAAGCUCCAGUCAAUCACCUCCAGCUCGUUGGAAAUGCCUCCGGCAUUAUGCCCGUGUCCAAAUGAGGAGGAGAAUGGAGCCAACCCAAAUGUGCACAGCACCCCACUGACCUCCAAGCCCUCAGGCAGUGUUGCUUACAUCCCGGCAAAGUCCUCGCCCCUCAUCCCCGUCAUUUUACCUCAGCAGCCGGCCACCGGACCCUACGCUGUCUAUUUGCACCAGUCUUCUCUCAGGCCCAAACCUCUGGCCAGACCGCAGCCAACCAGUUCCGCCGUUCGCUCGAUGACUUUUGAGGAUAAAACUGGGUCCAGCCCAACUGCCUCGUUAGCUGCUAAUAGCCGACCCACUUUAAGUGUACCGGACAGGAGCCCGUUGUUGGUCAAACGGUUGUAUUCCGGCUCCGCUCCAGAGAGCAGUCCUCCCAAAGCCAUACGGACUAACUCCAACCCUAAGGGCACCACCCCAAAGCAGUGGUAUGUGCUUGAUGUUCCUCCUAAGACCCUCUGCAGCAAUCAGCUCUCCAGCUGUCCUUCGCCCCGCGCCCUCUACUUAGAUGCUGAGUUCAUCAACACUCCUGGCAGCGUAAUGGUUGCACACACUCUGGAGCAGAGCUUGGAGACCUCUCUGGACAAGGAUGAGAAAGUGGUGAUCUCUGACUGCGAGGCGGGUUUACCGUCCAUCAGAGCUUCCUCGCUCCUAUCUGGACAGAUUAAUACUGAGGCUUUUGUGCCAGCAGGAUACCUGAUCCCACUCUCCCAGCAGUCUGUCACUUACAAGGAAAACCAAGGCUCAGUAGGAGAUUGCAACAAGCCUUCAACCCCGGUUUACAUAUACCAAACGCCUACUGCGGGAUCCAGAGCACCCCCAGUCCAGGAAAUGACUUCCACCAGUUUUCAUCAUGGAGCCGCUGCAGCCGCCUCUCCGCAUUUGACUCCGCAGGCACAACACCUGCACAGCCCCAGUCCUGCUAUCCUCAACUUCACCCUGCAAAACUUGGGUCUGAUAUCUGGCUCCAGCCCCGGAAACUCCUUCACCUCACCGCAGACACCUGAGCAGUCAAACACCUUGCUCGGCCCCAUGGCUCUGCAGCAGCGAGGAAUGGUUUUCAUCAAACCAAUGAUGGUCCAACAGUCCCCCAAUCCAGUGGCACUAAUCAGUAUCCAACAGCCUCUCAUGGCCACCCCCAAAGGAACAGGUCUCCCUCAGCACAGCUUCUUCCACACACCGGUUGCCCUCCCCCCCCUGGCUUCUGCAGUGGUCUCCCCCAGUGGACAGCUGGCUCCUAAGACUCUUUAUAUCCCGCAGAGGAAGCUAAACAUCAACACUGAAGAGACGCUCUGAUGGCUGUCCAAUGUUUGGAUGUGUUCAGGUGGUGGGAGGAUGGAGUGUUUUAUGGUUUAAUUUUUAUCUAUUUCUUUGUUCAGCGUUUUACAAUAGUCAUUACCUCUGAACAAUAACCUGCGCAAAUGAGAUUUUUAAGCCUUUCAGUCCAUGCCAGUAAGGAACAUUGUUCUUCUCACGUUUAUUUAGUUGUGCUCAUGUGGGUGUUGUUAGAGAUGGCUGGUGCUGAUUUAAUUGCUACACGGUCAUUUGACCUCCGCCUAAAUCAACUUUUUUUUGUAUGUUUUGACUGAAAGUAUUAACGGAAAUCUGGUGCAUUGAUCUUUAGCUCUAAGUAAUAUAAAAAAAAAAGAUCUUUGCACAUACGGACAUGUUAAUGAAUACCAUUGUCAAAAUGUUAGUAAUAAGUAUGUGAAUGUUUGUUGAAGUCUGUCAAACUUAAUCAGAAUACUUUUUGAUGAAUUUCUUAAUUUAUGAGAAAACAUUCUUCCUUACAAGGAAUGUUAAAUGACUUGAAAACAUUUUCUAAGCUCAUGUGACUGUCAUUUUUAUGAUAUCUGUAUUGUUAGGUACACCUUCCCUCAAUACCAGGUUCAACAACACAAGUAAUAUUGUAAAUAAUGGUCACAUUCGUACAUACGGUAAGUACGUCGUUUCAGAAUAGAAACAAGCAUUGACACCAAGGUUUCAAUUCUACUGAGUUAAGUGGAUUUUGUACAGGAAAGUUGUAGACCAGUUUUAAGGUUAAUGUCGCCUAUA